UUACACUCCAUUUGACAUGUCGUGUGCAAAGGGUUAAUGUUAAACCUGAAUGGUGUGUAGAAAAUAUAUUAAAAUUAUUGCAUUAUUCCACUGAUCCAUUAUUAUCCAUUAUUAAGUUUGAAGGAGAAUAUUCUCUUUUCUUUCUUAAAAAGAAUAUAGUAAACAAUUAAUUUCUCUUUCUCAGGCAACUUACAAUUAGUUUAAUUAUUGCGCGAUUUUAUUAUUUUUAUACUUGUCUAUUUCAAAUAUAAAAAUAGAUAUAAACUUUUUCGUAGAGCCGUACAAUUAAAUAGGUUUUGUAGCGUGGAGCUCAAUGGGUUUUUGUCCAUGCUAACGUGCAACCAAACAGGGCAGAUCCCUAAUUUUAUAGGAUCUUGUCUAUGCUAGCUUGUGCCACCUUCAGCACUUGGCCGUAUGAUGCAGCACUAGUUCGAAAAUAACUAGAACCAUAAGCGUGAGCAUUCUCGUUUCCUCUCUGAUUGUAUUAGAGAUAUAACUUACUGAUAUAACUUAAAGUUUAGGUUUGCCAUUGGUAGUGAUAAAUGCGGCUUGGAUCAGAAUAUUUUAUAACCGCGAAUAAUGUGUUUAAAUGACAAUUUUUACAAGUUAUUACUUUUAUUGUUAUGUAGAUUUUCUUAAAUGUGAAAACAAUGUGUUCAUAAGUGUAUAAGAAUAUAUUUUUACAAUUUAUUGUAUAAAUUGGUAUUGCCGAGCUGGUACGAGUCAAUGAAUUAGAUUUUACUUCGAUCGUGUUUAAAGCAUUAUCAGAAAAAAGUUAAAAUGAAUAUUAACGUAAUGUUGGAUGAACAUUUGACAAGUCAUAGUUGUGUGAAACUCGUAAUUGAAUUCCUGAAAUAUAUUUUAUAUCAGAAACAGCAAAUACCCUUUACAUACGAUUCACUAUCUAAGUUACAAAUGAAAUCAACGGACAGAAAUUCGUCUGAUAUAAAAACAUUAUUGAAUUCUUUGAGAAGCACCUCAGAACAGUUAAAUUCGCAGUUUCAUCUAAAAGGCUGUAAAAUCAAAGAAAUUGCUAUACUUAUUGGUGCUACAAUAAUAUCACCAAGAUUACACAUCCGAAUUGAAUUUCCAUCUGAUAUUCUUAGUAGCCAAGAACACUUGGAAUGUAAACAUGCAUCUAGGAAGCCACUGUUAAGUUUAAUGAGGUCAAUGUUGGAAUGUCCAGCAUUUCAAGAUGCAUUGACUUUACCAUUGCAUCCUACAAACACCUUUGUGCUAAUACAAAAGAGUGAUAGUAAUUCAGUGUCAGAGUUCUUUUUACCUAAACCGCUAUAUGUACCUUCCAAACAGAACUCAAAUUAUUUUGUAAUUAAACUGCAACACAAGGAUCAAGUAAAAAUAGACUGUAAUUGCAUAAAUGUAGUGAAAGUUUACAACGAAGUGUCCGAGUCUAAUACUAACAUAGAUAAAGACAUUGAAUUUUUAAAUAAUUCUAAUGUGAGUAUCACACAUGUUCCCUAUCAAUGGUAUCAAUCUAAAGAAGUGAUUAAAGGGUUUAAGUUUACAAGAUGACCAUAGUUUUAAGAUCUAAUUUUAAGAUAACCAAUUAAUAAAAUUAUAGUAAAUUUUUAAUAAAUAUGGAGCAUUAGAUUAAUUU